GCAGUUCCAUGGCAUGCCCGGUGUCGAUUCUUUAUCUCGGCGUUGGAGCUGGCCGGUGUCGAUGGUGUUCCGCCCAUCCAAGUGACACAGGUCAGUCUCGGCGCCUCUGUCAAUGUUCACGUGCAUCCACCAGGCCGUUAUCUCGUACCUGUGCAUCUCAUCGUGUGUUAUUUUAAGAACGCUGAGAUCGUUAGGAGCAUUGCCGAAGAUAAUUCUGUAGAGGAGUAG